UCCCCCACGUCGAGGCCGCCCACCUCGGCCUUUUCACCGCGUGGGCGCGUGCGUGAUGUGUCGCCCUCGCCCAUGCGAGCAGAGCGCCAUGGCGGCCGCCUGACCGCGUCCCCGCAACUCGGCAAGGUGCGCCCGACACGUCGAUUGUAAUGGUGGGAGCCAUGCACCGACGUGAAAACCUCGUGCAUUCCUGCCGUCACUAAUAAAAUCACUGCACUAGCAAUGGACACGUGGCAUCCGACUCCAAGCAGGGAGGGGACGCCGCUGCGCAUGUGCCGAGAGAAAGACGACGACGACGCAGAAUGCAAGUCAACAGUCAAAUUCCAGAAAAGAUGAGCGCUGUAUAAAUAAACCCGUCUUCCCCUUCCACGCAUCCUGCUCUGCUCUCUCCACUGCAAAGAAACCUCUGCGAAGAAGAGAAGGGGCUACGAUUUGAGGAGAUCGAAGCGAGUGGGAUCGAAGCAGAUUUCUUCGGCCACCGUACGACAUGGGAAUCUCGAGCCUACCUAACCCGUCUGAGAGCGUGCUCACUCUGUUCCUCUUCAACGUCGCGCUCGCCGUCUCCAUCCUGAAGGAGUUCCUCCGCUCGGCGCUCCAUUUCCUCCGCCUCAGCUCGCCGCCACCGGCGGAGUUGGACGGCGGGGGCGGCGCGGCGGAGCCCGGUCUCGCCGAGCGCUUCCGGAAGCGGUGCAGGCCGUUUCGGUUCGGGUCCGCGCUGGAGCGGCGGCGGGCGGCGGACUGCCGGGUUUGCCUCGGCCGGUUCGAGCCUGAGUCGGUGGUGAACCGGCUCGCCUGCGGGCACCUCUUCCACAUGGCUUGUCUGGAGACGUGGUUCGAGUACCACCACGCCACUUGUCCCCUUUGUAGGGCCCACGUCCUCCACGGGGAGGAACCCACCGCUUCAUUUUCACCUUCACUCUCAUGAGACUGACUGCUUCCUCCGUUCCUCGUUUUUGUUUUUAGGUUCUUUGGCGCAGUGAUUGUACAAAGAUUGUAUAAAUCUUUCGUUUAAAUCAACUUAUUUGAUCCGGUCAAAUAUAGUAGGUGGUCAAAUUAUUAGCUAACGAACAAUCUUCUUCGAAGGCCAUCUGUGAAGAAGACGAGAGUCUUGAAAUGAAAUGGAGGCAGGAUUUCUUGGAUUA